AUGAAUCGAGAAGAAUUACUUGCCUUGAUGAAACAAAAGGAUGAUAUUGAAAGCGAGUUACGUGAAUUGAGCGAUGAAUUAAAAUCACAGGACAAUAUUGGAAUGACAGGAGAAUUGGUUGAUAAAGAGGGUUAUCCCAGAAACGAUAUCGAUCUGGUUCGAGUACGUCAAACACGACAACGCGUCAUUUGCUUACAAAAUGAUCACAAAGCAUUGAUGAAACAGAUCGAAGCUGGUCUCAUACAAGUUCAUGAAAAUAGUGCUAACAGCUCUUCCAAUACUACUGAUGUAACAGUCACAACUUCUAGUCAAACAGCUCGCUCUAAUAAGGAACCAUUCCUUCGUGUUGAUAUUGUUAGCAAUGAAUCACCAGCUCAAGCAGCUGGUCUUCAUGUCGGUGAUUACGUUUGUCGCAUUGGUACAAUUCGAAAAGAUAAUUUUCGUACAAUGCAAGACGUUGCAUCGUUGGUAAGCAACAGUGAAAAUAGGUCGAUUACACUGCUCAUUGAACGUGGUAGUGCAAAGGAGCAACAGACUGUUACCUUAAUACCGAAGAAAUGGUCAGGCAAUGGUUUAUUAGGUUGUAAACUAACACCGCUAAGUUGA